CCCACUGCGGAGUCAGAACUAACGAGGAGGAGACAGAGAACUCGGUCCAUGUUAGACACAUAAGCUGCCGUUUUUUGAACUCGUUCUGGAUUUCCUAAUGAGAGAAGGGCUGUGCCAGGCACGGCUUCUGCCCAGUGCCAGUCUGCACCUACCGCGCAGGGAGAAAGGCUUUCCCGUCUGUCUCUCUGGGCUUCGCUUAUACCUGUUCAAUCAACACAGAUAGCAGUUUAUUCCCCGGGAACUGGGACCACGUGGUCAAGGAGCCUGGACAGCCGCCUCCUUCGCUGGGUGGAAUCUUUCUUACAGAUGAGCCCUUUGGGAAGCUGGUUCUAAUCAGGAGGUUGGUUGUGUGGUGGCCUCUGGAGCCAGACCUGGGAAGCCUGUCAUCCUGUCCUGCUUUUCCUAGCGCCAGCCGGGGGUGAGCUGCUCUCGGGGUGAAGCGGGACCAGCCUCGGAUGCGUUACUUGUGCUUUCUGUGUCUCGGCCAAGAGAAGACCCAGGGGUCCGUGGAGGCCAGCAUGAAGCUGAAGAAGCAGGUGACCGUGUGUGGGGCGGCUGUCUUCUGCGUGGCGGUCUUCUCACUCUACCUCAUGCUGGACCGAGUGCAGCACGACCCUGCCCGGCACCAGAGUGGUGGGAACUUCCCCCGGAGCCAAAUUUCCGUGCUGCAGAACCGCAUCCAGCAGCUGGAGCAGCUGCUGGAGGAGAACCACGAGAUCAUCAGCCACAUCAAGGAGUCCGUGCUGGAGCUGACCGCCAACGCCGAGGGCCCACCCGCCCUGCUGCCCUACUACACGGCCAACGGCUCCUGGGUGGUGCCGCCGGAGCCCCGGCCCAGCUUCUUCUCCGUCUCCCCGCAAGACUGCCAGUUUGCCCUGGGGGGCCGGGGCCAGAAGCCAGAGCUGCAGAUGCUGACCGUGUCGGAGGAGCUGCCUUUCGACAACGUGGACGGCGGCGUGUGGAAGCAAGGCUUCGACAUCUCCUACGGCCCGCACGACUGGGACGCCGAGGACCUGCAGGUGUUCGUGGUGCCCCACUCUCACAACGACCCAGGCUGGAUCAAGACCUUCGACAAGUACUACUCCGAGCAGACCCAGCACAUCCUCAACAGCAUGGUGUCCAAGCUGCAGGAGGACCCGCGGCGGCGCUUCCUCUGGGCCGAGGUCUCCUUCUUCGCCAAGUGGUGGGACAACAUCAACGCCCAGAAGAGAGCAGCGGUCCGCAGGCUGGUGGGGAACGGGCAGCUGGAGAUCGUGACGGGAGGCUGGGUGAUGCCCGACGAGGCCAACUCCCACUACUUCGCGCUGAUCGACCAGCUCAUCGAAGGGCACCAGUGGCUGGAGAAAAACCUCGGUGCAGCCCCGCGCUCCGGCUGGGCGGUGGACCCCUUCGGGCAUAGCCCCACCAUGGCGUACCUGCUGCGCCGGGCCAACCUGACCAGCAUGCUGAUUCAGAGGGUGCACUACGCCAUCAAGAAGCACUUUGCCGCCACCCACAGCCUGGAGUUCAUGUGGAGGCAGACCUGGGACUCGGACUCCACCACGGACAUCUUCUGCCACAUGAUGCCCUUCUACAGCUACGACGUGCCCCACACCUGCGGCCCGGACCCCAAGAUCUGCUGCCAGUUCGACUUCAAGCGCUUGCCUGGCGGGCGCAUCAACUGCCCCUGGAAGGUGCCCCCCCGAGCCAUCACGGAGGCCAAUGUGGCCGAGAGGGCAGCCCUGCUCCUGGACCAGUACCGCAAGAAGUCCCGGCUCUUCCGGAGCAACGUCCUGCUGGUGCCGCUGGGCGACGACUUCCGCUACGACAAGCCCCAGGAGUGGGACGCCCAGUUCUUCAACUACCAGCGGCUCUUCGACUUCCUCAACAGCAAGCCCGACCUCCACGUGCAGGCCCAGUUUGGCACCCUCUCCGACUACUUUGACGCCUUGUACAAGAGGACGGGGGUGGAGCCAGGGGCCCAGCCCCCCGGGUUUCCUGUGCUGAGUGGAGAUUUCUUCUCCUACGCGGACCGGGAGGACCAUUACUGGACAGGCUAUUACACCUCCCGGCCGUUCUACAAGAGCUUGGACCGCGUCCUGGAAGCCCACCUGCGGGGGGCGGAGAUUCUGUACAGCCUGGCUGUGGCGCACGCCCGCCGCGCCGGACUGGCCAGCCAGUACCCGCUCUCGAACUUGGCCCUCCUGACGGAAGCUCGGCGCACCCUGGGGCUCUUCCAGCACCACGACGCCAUCACUGGCACCGCCAAGGAGGCCGUCGUGGCGGACUACGGCGUCAGGCUGCUGCGCUCCCUCGUCGGCCUGAAGCAGGUCAUCAUUAACGCAGCUCACUACCUGGUGCUGGGCGACAAGGAGACCUACCACUUCGACCCCGCGGCACCCUUCCUCCAGACGGAUGACAGCCGCCUGAAUCACGACGCCCUGCCCGAGCGCGCGGUGGUCCAGCUGGACGCGGCACCCAGGUACGUGGUGCUCUUCAACCCGCUGGAGCACGAGCGGCUCAGCCUGGCGUCCCUGCUGGUCAGCUCGCCCCACGUGCGCGUGUUUUCGGAGGAGGGUCAGCCGCUGGCGGUGCAGGUCAGCGCCCACUGGAGCUCCGCCACCGAAAUGGUCCCCGACGUCUACCAGGUGUCGGUGCCCAUCCGGCUGCCGGCGCUGGGCCUGGGCGUGUUGCAGCUGCAGUUGGGCCUGGACGGACACCGCACGCUGCCCUCCUCCACGCGCGUCCACCUGCACGGCCGGAGGCUGGCUGUCAGCCGGCACGAGGCCUUCCCUCUGCGCGUCGUCGACUCCGGCGCCAGCGACUUUGCCAUCAGCAACCGCUACAUGAAGGUCUGGUUCUCAGGCCUUAGCGGGCUCCUCAAGAGCGUCCGAAGGGUGGACGAGGAGCAGGAGCAGCGGGUGGACAUGGAGUUCCUCGUCUACGGCACCCGCACGUCCAAGGACAAGAGCGGAGCCUACCUCUUCCUGCCUGACGGCGAGGCCCAGCCGUACGUGCCCAAGGACCCCCCCGUGCUGCGCGUCACGGAAGGCCCCUUCUUCUCCGAGGUGGCGGCCUACUACGAGCACGUGCACCAGGUGGUGCGGCUGUACAACCUGCCAGGCGUGGAGGGGCUGUCCCUGGAGCUGUCGUCGCUGGUGGACAUCCGGGACUACGUCAACAAGGAGCUGGCCCUGCGUCUCCGCACGGACAUCAGCAGCCAGGGCGCCUUCUUCACGGACCUCAACGGCUUCCAGGUGCAGCCCCGGCGGUACCUGAAGAAGCUGCCCCUGCAGGCCAACUUCUACCCCAUGCCGGUCAUGGCCUACAUCCAGGACGCCCAGAGCCGCCUCACGCUGCACACGGCCCAGGCCCUGGGCGUCUCCAGCCUCCGCGAUGGCCAGCUGGAGGUGAUCCUGGACCGGCGGCUAAUGCAGGACGACAACCGUGGCCUGGGCCAAGGGCUCAAGGACAACAAGAGGACCCGCAACUGCUUCCGCCUCCUGCUGGAGCGGCGCACCCUGGGCAGCGAGGUCCCAGACGGCCACUCCUCCAGCUACCCGUCCCUCCUCAGCCACCUGACCUCUGUGUCCCUGAACGCCCCGGUGCUCGCCCUGCCCGUGGCCAAGAGGCAGCGCCCCGCCCCCAGCCUGCACUCCUUCCACCCCCUGGCCGCCUCCCUGCCCUGCGACUUCCAUCUGCUCAACCUGCGCACGCUGCACGCUGAGGACGAUGCCCUGCCCUCGGCAGAAGCCGCGCUCAUCCUACACCGCAAAGGCUUUGACUGUGGCCUCGAGGCCAAGAACCUGGGCUUCAACUGCACCACGAGCCAAGGCAAGGUGGCCCUGGGCAGCCUCUUCCACGGCCUGGACGUGGGCUUCCUGCAGCCGACGUCCUUGACGCUGCUGUACCCGCUGGCCGCGCCCUCCAACGGCACUGACAUCUACUUGGAGCCCAUGGAGGUCGCCACCUUCCGCCUCCGCCUGGGCUAGGGCCUCCCGCGGCCCGGAGAGCGAGCCCGUCCACAGAGACUGCCUCCCACACAAGGCUGGCCGGACGAGCCACGAGCCACGCAGGGCGUCUUCUGUGCCGAUCUACCUCUCAGAACCCCGACAGACUGGGCGAGGCCCUGGUUUCCUGGCUGUGGCUGCUUCUGUGUGCGGGGGCUGCCCUCGGCCCGGUGUUGGGGAGCCAGGGCCCACGCUGGCGAGAUCAGGGAGACCCGGCCCUCGGUCGGGGCGGGCAGGGCUGGCCUCGGCUCGGGGUGCGAGUGGCCGCCCCGUUGGGCACAGGCCCAAGCACCCAGUCUUUUCCCAGAGUGGGAUGGCGGAGAAGCAGGAGGGGUAGGGGAGGCCCAGGGGGUAAUGGCCGGCCUUAGGGUUGGCUGGUGACCGGGGGUCCCGGGGUCGUGUAGGGACUGAGCCGGCAGCGGGGGGGAGGAGGCAUCACGGCUGUGGGAGCAGCCCGCCCUGGCUAGGGGCUGCAGUGCGGCGGAAGGAGUCACUAGACGCUGUCGCGGCCAGAGGUCGCAGGACACUUCAGGUACAAAUCCCCCAUCUGGGGCUGGGCACUUGGUCUGUGUGUUGAUUUGGCGGAAGGUGGCGGGGCGUGGGGGGUCCUCCACCCCACUGACGCCUCUUCGGUUCCUGUACUGUGUACCCCACUGUGUCCCAGAGCUCCUUCCAAUCGUGGGGUGGGGGUGUGGUCUCUCCUUCCCUGGAGAGACAGCGGAGCCUUCAAGACCCCCUGUGUGCAGGCGACCUGAGAGGGCUGCAGGCGCCGCCCCUCCAGCCAGGUGGCGGGGCUCCAGCGUCCGUGCCCCCCCUUCCGGAGGGCUCUACUCCUGGCGCGGGCCCAGGGGUGUACGAGUCAUUUGCAGGCACCGUGGCUACUUUAUUUCAACUCUGAUUAACAGAGAAAAAUUCACAAUAGCCUCUACCGAUGCUGAAACGACAUUUGGCCAAAUUCACAAGCUACCCCUUCUUACAAGUUCAAGGUUAGAAAGAGACGUGCUAAUGUAGAUCAAGGUCUCUAUCAGAAACCCACAGGGAACGGCAUUGCUGGAGUCCAGAGCCGGCCGAGGCCCUACUGGUAUGAGGGAAGUCCCGGCACAGCCGACCCCCGCGGUGUGGCUGGUGAGGGCGAUGGAGACCAGGUACAAUUGUCAUUACGUGGGGACCACAGGAGGGCCAGCCCCUGAAGUCAACUGCAGACCUAGCAAGAGCAUUGAUUCCGUAAGCUGACCCCGCUGACACUAGCAGUUUCCUGUAUAGACUCUGGCUGUCUCCUAACAGCCCAUAAAUUCACCGUAUUCCAGUGAGAUUGGAUAUUUUUUGCAGUUUGACAAGUUCUAAAGUUCAUUGGGAAGAGUAAACGUGUGAGAAUACCCACUGUGAGUACUGAUGAGUCAGUCGGGGGUGGCUGUGCCUCGGGGGGGUGGCGGGCACUCGGCCUGCGGGGCUUCUCGAGGGGUGCUCCAGCGACCGUGACGAGUCCUGUGCGUGCGUGUGUCCUGGAGGGACAAGUGGGGCGGGCCAUGCACAGACCCAGCUGUCUGGGGGUUUAGGAUAAAAGCAGUAUUUACGGGGAAAAAGACGGAUUAUUUAGUAACUAGUACUUUAUCUAUGGAAGUUACCUCUUUGCUUCACAGUUUCCACAAGAAUUAGUUCCAGAGGG